AUGGCAACCCUGCCACAGGACCUGGCGAUGGAGAAAGGCGUGAGCUCGGAGGACUCCAGUUUCCUCCUGUCGGUGAUCGGGAUCGCCAACACGCUGGGGCGAGUGACGUUCGGCUACAUCUGCGACCACCGCUGGCUGUACACCGAGAACCUCAGGCGAAGGCUGUGGCUGUACAACAUCGCCAUCAUCGUCUGCGGACUCAGCACGGCGCUGACGACCCGAGGAACUUCGUACGGGGUGCUGGUCCUGACCACCUCGGUGUUCGGGUGCACCUCGGGUGCGUAUGUGGGGCUGACCUCGGUGAUCCUGGUGGACCUGCUGGGGAUCGAGGCCCUGACGAACGCGUUCGGGCUGGUGCUGCUCUUCAACGGGAUCGCCUCGCUCUUCGGGCCUCCCAUCGCCGGUUGGCUGUACGACAGACUGGGAUCUUACGACUCGGGCUUCUACGUGGCCGGGACGGUGAUCGCCCUCAGCGGGCUCAUGCUCUUCUGCAUCCCCCUCGUGGAAACGCUGCAGGCGCCGUUCGAGGGGAGCCGGGGAAGGAAGUCGAGGCAGGCGCCGUUCGAGGGGUGCCAGGAAGGGAGGACGAAGCAGGCGCCGUUCGAGGGGGAGAAGAAGGUCCUGAUCGGGGGGAUUCCGUGAUUCUUGUGAUGAGGAUGCUUUGAUGUUUCGUAGGGUGCUUUUCGUGAAUUUUACCGGUGGUGAGUCCGUUCUGGGCCGGCGUUCGCAGAGGUCGGUCUGCUUUCAUGCUUGUGUUGUUAUUUGCACGGAGGGAAGAUAUUCGAUGAGGCUAUCUGAUUUUC